UAUAAUGUUAUCUCAUGUUAACGUUAUAACGGUAAGGUGGACUUUAUUUAGCGUUAAUUCUUUUGUUCUAACUUUAAAGUUUGACGCUAAUUUGGUGUACACGCUAAAGUUGGACACCAAAAAAGUUGCCUACAAAGCUUACCUAAAUUACUAUAUAACAGUAAUUUUUAUAUUUAAAGCAAAGAAACACUAUAUACAAUAAAGAAUGACGAAAAUUAACACUCCUCAUGUCUUCUCAGAAAAAGAGAAGUUAUUUAUUGAAAGCGUUAAAAAUGGAAAUUUAACUGAAGUAAAACAACUUGUUGGUGAAGUUCAUGUUGAUUGCUGUGAAGAGGAUGGAAUGACUGCAUUAAUGCAUGCCUCUUACAAAGGAAACUUUGAAGUUGUGGAAUAUUUGCUGUCAAAUGGCGCAGAUGUAAACGUUGAUACUCAUAAAGAUCAGUACACACCCCUCAUGUUUGCUGCUUUAUCAGGUUCAACUGACACGGUGCGCUUGCUACUUGAAGCAGGGGCCAAACCAGAUGUGGUAAACAAGAUUAAGAGAACUGCUGCACAACUCGGUGCUUUUGUUGGACGCCACGAUUGCGUUAGUGUCAUCAAUAAUUUUGUGCAACCAGAGACGAUUGACUACUACACAAAAAUACAUGGACUUGAAAAAGAGGCUAAAUUAAAAGAGCACCUGUCAAGCUCGCUACAUCAAUACGUUGUUAUCCCAAAUCUGAAUCCAAUCAAGGCAAUUCUCUUUCUGGAAAAGAACCUCGACCUUGUUGAGAAUCAUGACUCGAUUAGCAAAGUCCUAGAAACAGAAUGUCGGAAAGCAUAUCAUAAUGUUAACGAAGUGUUGUCAAUGAAGGUUCACAUUUUCAACCACGUGUUAACGAAAUGUGCACUGUGGCACACCAAUAAAGAAGGAAAGGGAGGAAUCAAAGGCCUUCUAAAAUUUAUGUUAAGAGGAAGACCUGAGGAUGGAUUUAUGAUGGCUGUUGAGACGAUGUUGCGAGAAGCAGUGAAAUCAUUUCCAUAUGCACAAUCUAAUCUAUUCCAGCAAGUAGUUCGAAGUCUUUCUCCAGUCACUCCAGGGAAUGAACCAUCAGCAAUAUCUGUACUCACACAAGCCAUUAAUGGUAUGCAGAGCGCUGAUUUUUCCGAAUGUUGUUCAUGUUGUGGUGGUCGACAUUGUACAAGUAAAUGUAGUGCUUGUAAAAUGGCUCGUUAUUGCAAUGCAUCUUGUCAGAAGCUUCACUGGUCAAACCACAAGCAUUUUUGUGGAAAAUUAAAAAUACAAUAUCAGAACUUUCUGGAGCAGGAAAGACUACGCAAAGAAGAGGAAGAGAAGGAAAAGUUGCGCAGAGCUGAAGAACAAGAGAAAAAAGAGAAGGAAAAAGAACAAGAAGAAGAUCAUAGACAGGAAUUGGAUGUGGUUGAUAUUCAAGAUAUAAAAUUAGACGAUGACUCAACGCCUGACAGCAAAAACAUUGACACAUCUGUUCUAAGUUCGAAUGAUGACUGCGCAAAACCAAGCUAGCGUUGAGAAGCUGGCAUUGUAAAAGUGUAGCAUUGAAUUAAGUUCGCGUGUUGUCGUGAGAAUAAUAGUAUUGUUGUUAUAAAAUUGUCUCGAAGAAGAAAAUCAUUGUUUACUAUUUUGUGUGAUUGGUGUGCACGAAAGAAGAUGAUGCGUCAACGUUCCAGGGAAGUUUAAAGUAAAGUUUACCAGUACCCUUCGAAAUAUCUUUCAUAUGUUAUUUUAAUUUUUUUACUUAAAAGCGAUGGCUGAAUCAAAUCUCUGUAAUCUAUAAUGGGUGUAUUUUCACGAGUAGGGAAUUUCACCUAUUCCUUUUCCCUGUAAGGAGCAUCUAUAAUCUUUUCUGAACUUGCUAAAAUUUCCCCUAGAAGCAUGUUUUUACCUAUGUGAAAAACUUAGUGAUAAUUUUGGAAAUCGCCAAAAUUUUCACAGAAUACUAAAACUUUAAAUUUGAGUGUUUCACUCGUUGUACUGUAUUACCAAGCAUAGAAAAAAAGAAGUACACCUGCAAAUAAACAACACCAGCAAAUAAGCAACACCUGCAAAAAUUUACUUUUCGGGAGUCCCUGUUGUUUAUAUCUUAGCGACGACUUAAAUCCUAGACAGUUUAACAAUAUUUACAUUCAAUGUUUGCAUUAAUAUUCGUUACCGCGACUUCUAAUAAUUUUAUUUAUAAUUAUGUAAAUUUAUGCAAAUUUAUUAUGAAUAUUAUAUUUUGAGUUAAUAA